CUCCCCUCUCCGUCUUAUCUGUUGUAGGAUUUCUAGAGCGGAGGCCUACCCGCAGAGGGCUACGAUAAGGACGAUGCGACCGGCGGCGCGAAUUCUCCGCAAUCCUCUCGCGAUUAAAGAUCAGCAGAAAGACGUUUUUGCAUACGUGCGUGCAAUCUCUUAGCGAUUGACGGCAAGGGCAAGCGCCAGAAAGACGUGCGAGUUUGGGACAUUGCAGGCAUAAAUGGCGUCGGAAGAUUUCGAAUCCCAGGAGAAUGAGCUGCUGGCGCUGAGUAGUAUAUACGGGGAGGAUGUAUUUCUUCGGGCUGAGACUGUUUUGGGAGGAGAGCUGCGGAUCUUCUUGGAUCUACCUGCGGGCUUCACUGUGCGAGGCACACACAUCAAGACAGGCAGCGGAGGUACUGGGCCGGGUGAAUGCGUUGUGGUGCAGCAUCUUCCUCCACUGGUGAUGAAUUUUGAGCUGCCUUCCGACUACCCUUCAACAUCUCCCCCACAGUUCACAAUAUCCUGCAAAUGGCUGUCGCGCGAGCAGUUAUCAUGGCUUUGCCACACAAUGGAUGAGCUAUGGCAGGAAAACAGAGGCAUGGAAAUCUUGUAUACUUGGUCACAGUUCUUGAAGGAAGACACAUUGGAUUUUCUCAGAAUUGCUCCACCCCUGGAAGUCAAGUCCAUUGCCGGUGGAACGACACGCAAGCGUGAUCAUGGCAAGACGGUCAGGGCAGAAGCGGGGCCCGAGGACCUCGUCAAAACCGCAGCAGUCGACGGUGGGCGAGCGGGUCUAUCGCAGCCACCAGCCGCGCACGGUGAGGCGAAGCGGCACAAACGGGUUCCCGGCGACGUGAGACUGCUGGACCCACGGGCCAUCCAGACCUGUGAGUCCUGGUCCUCGCUGUACGGUGAGCUGCUGGAUUACGACCAGGCGCAGAGGCAGAAGGUGUUCUCGGCCCGCGUGUUCAGCUGUCACAUCUGCCUGUGCGAAAAGCUGGGCUCGUCAUGCGUGAACCUGAGCGGCUGUGAGCACGUGUACUGCCGCGACUGCCUGAGUGCCUACUUCCAGCUGCAGAUACAGGAGGGCAAUGUGCACAGCCUCACCUGCCCAGAGCCCAAGUGCCAGACAGUUGCUACCCCAUCUCAGGUAAGAGAGCUGGUGGGAGAGGAGCUGUUCUCUCGCUACGACCGCCUGCUGCUCCAGUCCAGCCUAGACCUCAUGGCUGAUGUGGUGUACUGCCCGCGCACGAGCUGCCAGACCCCUGUGCUGCUGGAGCCUAACAAAACCAUGGGCCAUUGCCCCCAGUGUAAAUUUGCGUUCUGCAAUGUGUGCAGGCACGCCUACCACGGCAUCUCGGCCUGCAUCAUUAAAUCAGAGAACCUCGAGAAUAUCCUCAAAAAGUACAACAACGCGGACGCCGCAUCCAGGGCAUUCUUAGAGCAGCGCUACGGCAAGCACACGAUCAAGCGUGCCAUUGAGGAGGUGCACUCCAAGGACUGGCUUGCCCAGAAUGCCAAGGCCUGCCCACGCUGUUGCACAAACAUCCAAAAAGUGGAUGGCUGCAAUAAAAUGACUUGCUCUAGCUGCCAGCUCUAUUUCUGCUGGCUCUGCUUGAAAGAGCUGUCCCGCGCGAACCCAUACAGCCACUUCAACGAAGCCCGCUCACCUUGCUUCAACAGGCUCUUCCAAGGAGGAGAAGGGGAUGAUGACUUCUUCCUUGAAGGAAGCGACAGUGACGAAGAUGAUGGCGAUGACAUUAAUGACGAAGAGAAUUUUGCACAACUUCUCAGGGCACUGUGAAAAAAAUUCUGUAUUUUAUCAUCAGGCAUUGUCAAUCCACUGCUGGACGAAGACCUUCCCACCCUCUUGCCAUCACCCUUGUUCCAGUGCUGCGAGGUCAUGAGAGUAUUGGCAUGCCACUCCACGUAAAGAAUUUGUACACAACAUGUGCAUUGUAGUGAUAAAUUAGGAUUGUAUAUUGUUGACUUAUAUUUAAGAGAAACUUGUCAUAGGCAAGAGGAAAACACUUUCCGGUCUCGGAGUACAAAAAAUUAAGAAACUGUUGGUUGUUCCAUCAUAUUCUUUGGGUUUUUUGGGAAAGUCACGUAGAUAGGUUCAAGGAAAAUAACAAAAAAAAUUAC